AUGGCAUCUAUGCACAAAACACCCAGCGAAGAAGAAAUCGCAAGUACGCUCGGCAACCUCCGACUCUCAACCUCGCACCCACAGAAAACCGCGCAGAAGCCCAAAUCCAAGCCUGUAGCCGAAAGCUGGGAAGCCGAACUCAGCGGCUCAGAUACCGAAACCGAAGAUGUAGAUCUCGGCAAGUCAGAAGACAAGGGCUCACCACACGAUUCUUUACAACCGCUUUCCACAACGACAACUCGCGAUAACCCGCCGAAUCCGCCGCCGCCUACACCUGCCAGCCCAACGCAGUUUGAGUACCCGGAUACUGUACCGUAUAGCUUGAACUCGAGUCUGAGCGAAAGUGGAAGUAGGAGCUCGAGUAGAGGGGGUGGAGGUCUGGAUAAGCGACCGGAGAAGACAACAGCCGUAGCGGGCAGGCUUAUUGCGGGCGCAUUGGGUGUUAGGGCACCAAAGAGGACGGAAGAGGAGCGGGAGUUUGAUCGUGCUAUGAGGGAGAAGGAGAGGAAGAGGAGAAACGAAGAGAGGGAGAGGGAGAAGAGGGAGACAGAGGAGAGGGAAGCGAGGAAGAAGACUGUUUGGGAUGAUUAG